UAACCUACGGGGAUGAAGAGCAACCUACGCUGCGGCCAGCAGCAUGACCGAAUGAUCUGUCUAACGCUGCGAUCACUGCAGUUCGCUACGUGUGUGGCGGCGUUGGCGCUUGUGGCCGCGAGCUUCGAGCCGAAGAAGAUGACCUUCCAGACGAACGGCGGCGACUCGCAAGAGGUGACCGUCUACUACGGCGGGCCUGCUGUUAACUUCGUUAUGAUCGUUUCCUUCGCUGCCUGUCUCUACGACGCGUUCUUCUUAGUCAUGGUAUUUACGCUGCGCUGCGCCAAAAUGCCGGCGCCCUGGAGCUUCGGCGUCGACGCCAUCUUCACGAUGCUUUUCAUGAGCGCCGGCUGCGCGCUGGCCGCCUGCGACUACGUUCGCUACUGCGACGCGCUGGACGGCAUCGUCCACUGUGCGCUGUUGGCAUCUGGUGCCGCUCUGUGCUUCAUGGCCUUCGUGGUCUUCCUGCUCAGCGUGGCCUGGGGCGCUUGGAUGCGCAACACGUGGAUUAAGCCCAGAAAGAAAGACCCACGCGGACAUGUAACGUCUGUACGAAGUGGCCAGCCUAGCGACCCCGUGCUGGGUGACAUCGAGCUUGAUCUUGAGCGGGCCAACACAUACGAGUCCAGCACUUAA